AUGGAAAACUGGAAGGAAGAGCUGGAGAAGAUAAAGAGAGAGAGGGAUGAGAUAAUGAAGAGCAGGAAAGAGAAGGAAGAGAUGGAGAGAAAAAUAGAGGAAGAGUGGGAGAAGAGAAGAAAAGAUGAGCUGGAGAAGAGAAGGAAGAGAAGGGGGAGAGAGAGGGAACUGAAGGAGAAGGUGGAAGAACAAGCGAGGGAGAGAGAGAGGGAACUGAAGGAGAAGGUGGACGAACAAGCGAGGGGGAGAGAGAGGGAACUGAAGGAGAAGGUGGAAGAACAAGCGAGGGAGAGAGAGAGGGAACUGAAGGAGAAGGUGGAAGAACAAGCGAGGGGGAGAGAGAGGGAACUGAAGGAGAAGGUGGAAGAACGAGCGAGGGAGAGAGAGAGGGAACUGAAGGAGAAGGUGGAAGAACAAGCGAGGGGGAGAGAGAGGGAACUGAAGGAGAAGGUGGAAGAACAAGCGAGGGAGAGAGAGAGGGAACUGAAGGAGAAGGUGGAAGAACAAGCGAGGGGGAGAGAGAGGGAACUGAAGGAGAAGGUGGAAGUACAAGCGAGGGGGAGAGAGAGGGAACUGAAGGAGAAGGUGGAAGAACAAGCGAGGGAGAGAGAGAGGGAACUGGAAUCUAGACAUGUCACCAACACAGAGACACGCAGAUAUUGGGGAAACAGGAAAAGAGAGGUUACACCUAACUCUGCUAUAGAGAGAAGAAGAGAGGAAGAGAGGGAAGAGAUCAAGAGGAGAAGGGAAGAGAUGGAGAGGAAAAGAAGGGAAGAGGGGGAAGAUAUGGAAGAGAAAGUGACUGUGAAACCCUUGGUUAACUGUCUUCAAUCAACACCAACACCAACACCACAGCAGCAGCCAACAGAGCCCCAGAAUGGUGGUCCAGCACUGUUCACGAGGAUCCCUAGUUUCCAUCUGACUGAAGAGGGCGCUAUACUCUCACAGCUGUCCGAACUCGAAGCAAAACCAGCCCAGAAAGUUGUUAAUACCUGUAAGUCACAUACUUCUCAGUUCUGCCACAGAAUCAACAGCAUUGGAGAGAAGACAACCUCCUCCUCUUUACCCUCCUCCUCCUCCCAGUCAGAGUUGCGUGUGGUUCUGCUGGGUAGGUCAGGGUCAGGGAAGAGUGCAGCAGGUAAUAUCAUACUGGGUCGGCAGGAGUUUGUGUCUCGACCAGACAUUACCACAGCCGUCACUCAGGACUGUCAGAAGAGCAGGGCCCUCGUCGCCGGGAGACGGGUGGCAGUGGUGGACACUCCAGACUGGUUCCGCUCCGAGCACCCUCCAGACGUGGUCCGUUCCCAGCUGUCGUCCUGUGUGGCCCUCUCGGCCCCUGGCCCCCACGCCUUCAUCCUCUGUGUCCCCGUGGACCAACCAGCCCAGGCAGAGCUACAGGCUCUAGGGGCCCUAGAGAAAGUCUUUGGUCCCGGGGCGGUCCGGACCCACACCCUGGUCCUCUUCACUCACACCGAUCGGUUGAAGGCGAGCGGGAAAGUGGGAGUGGAAGGAGUGGAGAAGUAUAUUUCCAGCCAGAGGAGAGAUUUGUUGGAGUUGGUUAAACGAUGUGGGGAUCGGUAUCAUGUGAUGGAGAGAGGGAGCGGAGGAGAAGAGGAGGAGGAGGAGAGGAGGAGUGUGGGGGAGUUAUUGGAGAAGGUGGAGCAGACGGUGAGAGAGGGAGGAGGAGAGUGUUUCUCCUGUCCGCUCUUCCAGGAGGCGGAGGAUAGGGUGAGACAGAGACAGAAGGAGAUAGUGAGGGAGAGGAGAGGAAGAGGAGAGGAGGUGAAGAGACAAGCGCUUCAUUCCUACUCCAUGCAGCCCUUGAGAGAGACAGAGGAAGAGGUGGAUGAGGAGGAGAUAGAGAGAACGAGAGAGGAGGCGGAGAAGAGCGUGAGCGCCCUGGAAUUGGAAAAUCUUCCCUCUCUCUCGUCCUCCUCUGCAUGGUCUUCGUCGCUCCUUCGCUCGGUGUGGGAGAAGGUGGGGGCGGGAGCGAGUAAGGUAGCGAGUAAGGUCCCCAAGCUGACGGCUGGAGGUGCGCUGCUGGGUGGGGUGGUGGGCGUGUUCUUUGGAGGGCCCAUAGGGGGCGCUAUAGGGGCCACUGCUGGAUCUGUGGUCACUGAGGUGGGGAGAAGGAGGUUUAGCAAGACAAAGAACUCAGCAGAAGAGACAGACGCCACAGGGAGAGUAGAGGGAGAAAUCUUGGACAAAGUGUUGAAAACUGAGUGAGAGAGUCAGAUCCACACAAGUUGAUAUGGAUGUACAGUACAGCAUUUUAUGAGAGAUUAUGUGAUAGGUUUCUACCAACGAUAUAUCCACAGGUGAUUGCCUGUG